AUGCUGACAGAAGACCAUAAAUGGCAACGGGUUGAUUCUUCCCAUGAAUUUCUUCGCCGCUAUGGAGACGAAAAGAACAACUUCUUGGACUCAAUUGUCACAGGUGACGAAACCUGGGCAUUCCACUUUACACCUGAGACAAAACAACAGUCACGCGAGUGGUGGCAUCCCUCUUCGCCCAAGCCACGAAAAUUCAAGCAAACACAAUCUGCCGGUAAAGUCAUGGCAACUGUGUUUUGGGACAGGAAGGGGGUACUGUUGAUCGACUUUCUGCCUGCUGGGACAACAGUCAAUGCUGACAGGUACUGUGAAACACUGAAGAAACUCAGAAGGGCAAUUCAGAACCGGAGAAGAUGGAUGUUGAGCAAUGGUGUAAGCAUUCUCCACGACAACGCCCGUCCUCAUGUUGCCCGUCAAACCGUCGAUCUCCUGCAAAAUUUUGGUUGA